AUGGCGGGCGACAACGACUCCCGCGAGCCAACCCAGCCAUCUGCAGCGGAAGGGGGAAACUCAGGCUCUGAGAUGGCGCCUCCAAUGAGACCGUCUGCACCAGCGCGGAGGACAUAUGGUACACUUGAUACGUCUUCCCUCGAGGCGACCAAUCCCGAAUCGCGCGACGAUGGAGAAGAGUCUUCGAGCCGAGCGUUUACAACCCAGUCAUCUGCUUCUCCCGAAAAAGCCCGCAAGCCUUCUCUGUCGCGACGCAUGACUUCGAAACGCCAGAUUUCUCAGUUCUCGACGGACGACGACGUCAAUGAGGUCAAGCAGUUAAUGAACAUGAAGCAAGCGGGAAGUACGUCUCCCAGGAUACGCCCGCUGAGAAGACAAACCUCGACGCUGAAACGGCGUCCUAGUGCUCGACCCAGCCCCUUGGCGAGAGGUGAGUCGGAAGGCUACAACAUGGAGGGGUCGGGCUUGAUUGGCCCUGGUAUGGACUUUGAGCAGGAAACCCCCACCGCAGGGCUUGCUGGAGACAGUGAACCAGAUGUCGGAGAUGACGACGAUUUGGACGACUCGGACGACUCGGACGCCGCGAGCGACGCAGAAAGCUUUACUCUCAAGGAUCGUCAACAAGCUAUCAACCAAACGCAUCCAUUCGGUAUCAGGCUGUGGAAGCCUGCGCUAUACAAGAAGAGCCGCUCAGUGGAAAAAACCGCCGAGGGUGACAUUCACUCAUCCCCGGGUGGGUAUGUCAGUCCCCUGUUGUUCCUGACCAACCUGCUGUGGUCUUUGUUUUUCGGAUGGUGGCUUGCAUUGGUUGCCCUGAUCGCUGCGGUUGCAUGCUUUGCCUUUUCUUACUCGUCAAGUGCCGUGGAAUACGGAAGGGUGUUUGCAGGUCUUUCGCGGUACCUACUCUACCCAUUUGGCUCAUUUGUCCUCCUUGAGUCGGAUGAGAACUAUGCCGAAGAGGAUGAAGGUGAGGGUCGCAGUAUCAGCGAAUAUGAACAGUGGCAAAACGGUGACCUGGAGCAUGGCCGUCUGUUCUUUGGCCCUCGCAGAGAUCGGUCGCUCGUUGGAAGACGAAGGAACAGUGUCGACUCCUCUGGUGAGCAAGACAGCCUGCUUGGGCGGCCCCAGCGUGGAAAUAGUGACGACACUCAGCUUCACUCCAAGCGUCGUCUUUUCGGGCGCGGUGAGUGGACUUUGGGUCGGGUGGUGUUUUUCGUGUUCUUCUACUUCUUGGUCGGACCUCUUAUGCUCAUAACGUCGCUCAUCUGUUGGCUUCUGGUCUUCUGGAUUCCCAUGGGCCGUGUGACAAUCACUCUGGUCAGCCAUCUACGCAGGCACCCAUUGGCCCUGUCAUUCCACUCUGAUUCUACAUACGCCAGAUCAAGCACUAGUGCGCCUUCGCCUUCCAUUCUGCUUUGCACCUAUCGAGCUGCCGGAACGAGGUAUUGGAAAUACACAGUGGAUGGAACAAAUGUCUUCCUGAUCAAUCUUCUUGGUGUGGUCGUUUUUGUGAUUGCCGAUUAUUUCAUUCUGGCUGGGAUGUUGGGUCUUAAGAACUGGCUCACCCACCCGGGAUUGAUAUUCACACUUGCUCUACUGUCUAUCAUUCCUUUGGCUUACUUUAUCGGGCAAGCCGUUGCUUCCAUCUCCGCCCAAUCUUCAAUGGGCUUGGGUGCUGCCGUCAAUGCGUUCUUCUCGACAAUCGUUGAGGUGUAUCUUUACUGCGUUGCUCUGAGUGAGGGUAAAGCUGGACUUGUGGAAGGUAGCAUCAUUGGCAGUAUAUUUGUCGGUGUUCUAUUCCUCCCCGGCCUAUCCAUGUGUUUUGGCGCUUUGGCGCGCAAGACCCAGCGAUUCAACGUGAAAUCGGCUGGUGUGACCUCUACAAUGCUGCUUUUCGCAGUCAUUGCCUCUUUUGGUCCUACCCUUUUCUAUCAGGUUUAUGGCAGUCAUGAGCUGAAUUGCUAUUCCUGUGCCGAUUCACUCGACUUGGCAAGUCGAGACUGUCGCCGCUGCUACUUCUCCCAGACGGCGGCUGUGAAUGACCAAUUUUUCCAAACCGCCGUGCAACCGUAUGCAUGGAUCUGUGCAGUCUUGAUGUUCUUGUCGUACGGCGUUGGUCUGUGGUUCACUCUGAGGACCCAUGCCGCCUUGAUUUGGGCGACGGAGGUAGAGGAGAAGAAACAUGCCCAAGCCCAAGCUCAAGCCCAUUCUCAGAACGUUCAAGACUCAUUCACAUUCGAACCAAGUGAGCCGAGGCACCUGUUAUUCCCGAAUGAUCAGCCCGAAGCCUCGGGUGCGGGUUCGGUGCCCAAAGACUCAAUUCAGGAACACCCAGUGUACAAGAAGACAUAUGCCGCAAACCUGAAGCAAUAUGGCUUGGACGACAGCUGCUCAUCUGAACCAGUGCGGGGAGGUACCGCUGCAGGCUCUGCAAACAAUAGUCUGCAUGUGGUGCCACCCCGUUCUGCCGACGAGUACAGCUGCCCUAUGCCCAAGGCAAUCCGAGAUCUCAGUGUCGAAGACCGCGAGGCCACAAUCCGUUACUUGGCUGAAGUUGCAGCGACCAGGGCUGCGCAAGCCUCGCGAGAAUCCGCUCGCAGUCGCAAGAUUAAUCAAUCCCAACACCAUGGAGCGAGUCGUCAGGCCAGCCGUCCCGCGGGGCAUUCGGUGGUUCCUGGCGAGGAUGAGGAAGAUCUUGGGGCAGCUGCAGAGCCUUCUUCUGGGGGACACGACGCACCUAAUUGGAGCAAGGCCAAGAGUUCUAUCGUUCUUCUUGGAGCAACUGUCCUCUAUGCAGUAAUUGCGGAGAUUCUUGUCAACACUGUCGAUGUAGUAUUAGAGAGUGUUGACGUUGACGAGAAGUUCUUGGGUAUCACUUUGUUCGCUUUGGUUCCGAACACCACUGAGUUUUUGAACGCCAUUUCAUUUGCCAUGAAUGGCAAUAUCGCCUUGUCCAUGGAAAUCGGAUCUGCCUACGCAUUGCAGGUGUGUCUGCUACAGGUGCCCGCUGUGGUUCUCUUCAGCGCCGUCUACGUUCGAGGGCUGGACGUGGCCGAGGUUGCGAGCCACUCUUUCAACUUGAUCUUCCCUCAGUGGGACAUGAUUACCGUGAUUCUUUGCGUCUUCUUGCUGUCUUAUGUGUACGGUGAAGGCAAGAGCAACUACUUCAAGGGAUCAAUCCUUGUUCUCACUUAUUUUGUUGUUCUUGUUGGUUUCUACAUGUCGGGCUACGUCAAUAUGGACAAUAUGGGCGUGGACCGGUUCGAUACUUUGGCUAUGGGGGCAAACCGUGACAAGUUCUUCACUCUCGGUCGGACAAGAAGCGGAGAGGCAUAUUAA